AUGUCCUACGACCGCUACAUUGGCAUCUGCAAGCCCCUGCACUACAGGAGCCUCCUGGGCAGCAGAGCUUGUGCCCAGAUGGCAGCAGCUGCCUGGGGCAGUGGGGUUCUCAGUGUUCUGCUGCACACUGCCAAUACAUUUUCACUGCCAUUCUGCCAAGGCAAUGCUGUGGACCAGUUCUUCUGUGAAAUCCCCCAGAUACUCAAGCUUUCCUGCUCAGAUGCCUACCUCAGGGAAUUUGGGGCACUUGUAUUUAGUGUUUCGUUAUUAUUUGGUUGUUUUGUUUUCAUUGUGUUGUCCUAUGUGCAGAUCUUCAGGGCAGUGCUGAGGAUGCCCUCUUCUCAGGGCCAGCACAAACCCUUUUCCAUGUGCCUCCCUCACCUGGCUGUGGUCUCUCUCUUUAUCAGCACUGUCAUGUUUACCUACCUGAAGCCCCUCUCCAUCUCCUCCCCAUCCCUAGACCUGGUUGUGGCAGUUCUGUACUCUGUGGUGCCUCCAGCAGUGAACCCCUUCACCUACAGCAUGAGGAACCAGGAGCUCAAGAAUGCCCUGCGGAAAUUGACGACUAGAUGUGUUUCAGAAGCAAUAGAUUUCCAAGCUACUACUGCAGAUGACUAA